AUGGCCAAGCUCUCCUUUUCAUUGCUCGCGGCGAGCCUAGGGCUCGGACAAUUGGCAUCCGCUGGAUUUGAUCCCAGCAUACAGUCAAACGUUGCCAUAUACUGGGGGCAGAAUUCCUACGGACAAGCCAACUCACAAUCGCGGUUGAGCGAAUACUGCUCAAAUACUGAGCUCAAUAUCAUUCCAAUUGCAUUUAUGCUUGGUAUCCAGAACCCAUCGGUCAACUUUGCCAGUGCUAUUCAUGCCUGUACAUCGUACCCUGGAACCCAGUUAUUGAAUUGUCCACAAAUAGCACAAGAUAUCAAGACUUGUCAGACGACGUACUCAAAGACAAUACUCCUCUCGCUAGGCGGCGCAACUUAUACCGAAGGCGGGUUCAGCUCGGCCGCUGCCGCACAGGCUGCCGCAAAUAAUGUAUGGAAUCUCUUUGGACCCAACACGACAGCCGCCAACCGACCCUUUGGCUCUGCUGUGGUAGAUGGCUUUGAUUUCGAUUUCGAAUCCACGACGCAAAACACGGCACCCUUUGCACAGGAGCUGCGUGAUCUCAUGAACGCUGCUACUAGCUCUGGUGACAAGAAGUACUAUCUUUCAGCGGCGCCACAGUGUCCAUUCCCUGAUGCCGCCAUGAACGAUAUGCUGAGCACUGUCGAGAUGGACUUUGUCAUGGUGCAGUUCUACAACAACUACUGCGGAAUCCAGUCAUUCACACUCGGAGCGACUUCCCAAAACAAUUUCAAUAUGGAUGUCUGGGAUAACUGGGCCAAGCAGAGCAAGAAUCCCAGUGUAAAGGUCCUCCUCGGAGUACCGGCAAACACGGGCGCUGGCGGUGGCUACCUCCCAGCUUCGCAGCUGGCACCCAUCAUUAGCUACUGCAAGACCUUUACGAGCUUUGGAGGUGUAAUGAUGUGGGAUAUGAGCCAGAUGGCAGCCAACACGGGAUUUCUGGAUGGAGUAUACGGUGCACUGAUGGGUUCUUCCUCACCGCCCACCCCCUCGACAUCGGCCUCGACUUCAUCCAGCAGUUCGGCCACAUCGUUUUCCACUGCCUUGGCAACGAUGUCGAGGAGCUCCGCUGCCAGUAGCAGCUCGACAAUGUUGGCGAGAUCAUCAAGCCUGACUUCCUCCUUGUUUGGACGUCAGAGCACAGCCACAGCGCCGACAUGUGCCUGCCCGACAGCCGCGACGGUGACAGUCACUACAACGAUCUUCACAGGAACGGCGAGUGCCUCAAAAAGGGACACGUCGAGCACAUCCCGCGCUCAAGGCACCACGGCGAGCACGACUGCAGCAACGGGCACGACGGGCACGACGGGCAGCAACCAACUGGUGAAUCAAUGGGGCCAAUGCGGUGGUAGUGGUUACACCGGUCCGACGCAGUGCAAGCCUCCCUAUACUUGUGUCCGUUCCAGCGUCUGGUGGUCGGAUUGUCGAUGA